AUGCUGCCAUCAUCUCUUUUGGUUGGACUUCUUGCCGCUCUCUGUAACCCGGCUCACGGCCUGGUAUUUCGUGAUAAAAUCAAGCAAGCUGUCGGCGGCGACACACUUUAUUUACACCACGAUAUUGAGGAUGCAACAUCUGUGAGAUUUAGCAAAACGACCGACUCUGCGACGCUGGGCUGGAAGUUUGACACUGAGGGCUUUGCUGAUGAUGAAGCUGUCAUCACACCUUUAGAUUCCAGCAAGACUCUCGUAUGCGAGCUGGACAAAAGAUGCACGCUAGAGCUUGAUGGAUUGAGACAACCCUAUCGGCUCGCUAGGGUCGAUCAGACACAACCUAUUUUUACCUUUCAAGACAUUGCAUCUGGGCUUUACGUGUCCCGGACAGACGACCUGGGCCUGGAGCUGACUGGCAACGCUGUUGAUACCAUCUACUUUGAAUUGGAAGCAAUUCGAGAUAGUAAUGCUCAAAUCUAA